AUGCAUGGUGCCACUGCAUCUUCAAGCCAUACACCACAUCCAGUUUCCAAUAUCAACGAACUUUUCAAAGAUGUUAGUGAAGAUGAUGCAGGCUCCGGUAAUUCUUCAGAAACCUGCAAUUCAGUUUCCAACUAUUCAAUGGAUAAGCAUGACGUAAGUUUCGACACUGACAUUGAAGAAACUGAUCUACACAAUUCAGGAGAAUACUACGAUUUAGGUGACCCAUUAUUUGAGUGCCAGCGAUGUGGUGCAAAUAUGUGGUAUCUAGAGAGGAAGAAUAAGUGUCGACAUUCUGCUAAUCCUAAGUUCUCAAUGUGUUGUGGAGAAGGAAAGGUUCAAAUACCUUUGUUGAAAGCACCACCACCCGUAUUGCAGAGCCUGUUGUUCGACCAAAACAAAAGUGAAUCAAAAGUAUUUCAACAACAAAUUCGUCUUUACAAUAUGAUGUUCUCAUUUACUUCUCCAGGUGCUAAAAUGGACAACAGAUUUAACAAUGGUAGAAGUCCUCCUAAUUAUCGGAUUCAAGGUCAAUCAUGUCAUCGUAUAGGUAGCAUGUUACCAUUGCCAGGUGAAAAAGCAUGUUUUGCCCAACUCUAUAUAUUCGAUACUGAACAUGAAGUUCAUAAUAGAAUUGAUGGUUUCUGGAUGGCAAGGGAUAGACUUUCGGAAGGCAAUGUGGCAGAUUUAAAACUCUAUCUCAUUUCUGAGCGCCAAACUGAUGAAAGAAUAUAUAAUCAACCAACAGUUUUAGAAGUUGCUCCUCUUAUUGUUGGUGAUGUUGAUACUGCAGAAAAAAGAGAUAUUAUAGUGCAGAAACAAUGUGGCGAACUUCAGAGAAUAGAUGAAUAUCAUACGUCUUAUUUGGGAUUUCAAUAUCCAUUACUUUUCCCUUAUGGUAAAGAUGGUUACAGACCCAACAUAAGGCAUCGCAAUAAAGGUUCUGACACGGUUCGUAUUUCAGAAACAACGGCUUUAGUAGCGGAAAUUAAGGAUGUUCCAUGGGAGGAAGCAACAAAAAGAAAUAGACUUACAAUCAGAGAGUGGUUCGCCUUUAGGAUCGAGUCAAGAAAAAAUGAGGCACAAACAAUUCUCAUGUCUAGGAGAUUGUUCCAGCAGUUUCUGGUAGAUGGUUUUACGAUGAUGGAAUCUGAGAGACUUCGAUGUUAUGUUGGAUUUCCUGAUUUGCUUAUUACAUUCACAUGUAAUCCAAAUUGGCCGGAAAUACAACGUGUACUAAGUUCUGCUAAUCUGAAAGCGGUCGAUCGUCCGGAUCUCAUUACAAGAAUCUUCAAAAUGAAAUUUGAUGCGUUACUGUCCAAUUUGACCAAAAAGAGUAUCAUGGGGAAGGUUCUUGCGUAUAUGUAUACAAUUGAGUUCCAGAAAAGAGGCCUGCCCCAUGCUCACAUAUUAAUUUUCCUUCAUCCGUCAAGCAAGUAUCCAACGCCUGCUGACAUUGAUCGUCUCAUAUCAGUAGAAAUACCAAACAAAGACACUGACAAAGAUUUAUAUAACUUAGUUAAAUCUCACAUGAUACACGGACCUUGUGGAAAUGCUUUUCGUAAUUCUACGUGUAUGAAGGAAGGAAAAUGUUCAAAAUACUUCCUUAAAGACUUCAGAUGUGAUACGAUUGUUGAUCAAGAUGGAUAUCCGGUGUAUAGACGAAGGGACAACGGUCACACAAUCUCUAAGAAUGGAAUUGAGAUUGACAAUAGAUUUGUUGUUCCCUACAAUUCAAAGUUAUUGUUGAAGUACAUAGCUCAUAUUAACAUGGAAUGGUGCAAUCAAAGUACAUCCGUCAAAUAUUUGUUCAAAUACAUCAACAAAGGCUAUGAUAGAAUAACUACUGCAAUUGUCAUGAAUGAAGAUGGAUAUGUUGCGCAACAUGACGUCGUCGAUGAGAUAAAGCAGUAUAUUGAUUGUAGGUACGUUUCUCCGAGCGAAGCUGCUUGGAGAAUUUAUGCUUUUCCUAUUCAUGGAAGAAAACCAGCUGUAGAAAGACUUCAUUUUCAUGCUGAGGGACAAAAUUCUGUUUUCUAUACUGAUGUCAGCCCUAUUACCACAGUCCUUGAUAAACCGAGUGUUACGGAAUCAAUGUAUACAUCUUGGUUUGAAGCUAACAAGAAAUACGACGAAGCCCGCCAACUAACGUAUAACAAUUUUGUUUCGAAGUUUGUAUACGUAAAAAAAGAGUGGAAACCCAGACUAAAGGGAUACACAAUUGGUAGACUAAUUUGGGUUCCUCCAACUACCGGGGAAUUGUACUAUCUCAGGAUGAUGCUAACACAUGUUAAAGGACCGCAAAGUUAUGAUGAAAUAAAGAUAGUAAACAAUGUUAAGUACGAUACUUUCCGUGAUGCAUGUUUUGCUAUGGGAUUUAUUGGUGAUGAUCGAGAAUUCAUAUUUGCAAUAACAGAAGCAUUUCAGUGGGGUUCUGGUCAUUAUUUAAGAUUACUUUUUGUUCACAUGUUAUUGUCAAGUAGCAUUAAUAGGCCUAAGCAUCAAAGGAUUGCAAACAACAGAGGUUUGCGGCUAACAAAUGAAGAAAUUCUGAAUUUAACAUUGAUUGAAAUUGAAAAACUUCCUCGCCGAAGUCAUAAGAGUUUAAGUGAUUUCCCUGGAAUGCCAAAACCACAGAGUAACAUACUUGAGGAGCUUGGAAACAAUUUCAUAUAUGAAGAGCAAAACUACGAUCCUGCUGAACAACUUCAAGAGUUUAAUACGCUAUACAAUAACCUCACAGUUCUAAACAAUAAUAACAUCAAAUUGCGAGAAGAAGUGCAAAACGGAGGCGUAUUCUUUCUGUAUGGAUACAGCGGGACACGCAAAACAUACAUGUGGAGAACAUUAGCUUCUUACAUAAGAUCAAGAAGACAAAUAUGCUUGACAGUUGCCUCUUCAGGUAUUGCAUCCCUGUUGCUCCCUGGUGGUCGAACGACACAUUCUAAAUUUAAGAUUCCAAUUCCCACACUUGAAUCUUCGACAUGCGACAUUAACAAGGGUAGUGACAGGGGGGACUUGCUAAAAGUAUCAAAAUUGAUUAUUUGGGAUGAAGCUCCUAUGUGUCACAAAUUUUGUUUUGAAGCAUUGGAUAAAACCCUCAGAGACAUCAUGAGUGGAUCCAGGUCAUCAGAUAAAAUAUUUGGUGGUAAGGUUUUGAAACUUACAAAAAACAUGCGGCUUCAGCAAUCUGGGGCGACUACAUCAGCUUACGAGUUAGAACAGUUUUCAAAUUGGAUAUUAAAAGUUGGAGAUGGUAAACUAGCAGAACCUAACUGUAAUACGGUGAACUGA